AUGGAAAAGGUCGAAAGAGGAGGGGAAACGCCUAGAUUGCGGUCCCAAGUAGGGGGAGGUCAUAAGCGUAGGCGGACAAGAGGGGUAGUAUGGUUUGCAUUGUUGCUAUGCUUCGUGUACAGAUUUUGUUUACCGUGGCAGUAUCGGGCGUCGUUAGAGCAGCAAACACAGUGCCCCACGUUACCGAUAGUAACAGAUGACAUCCUCGUUGUUCUACGAACUGGCGCCACCGAGGCGCUGGAGAAACUGCCUGUUCAUUUCCAGACGACGCUGCGGUGUGUCAGCGACUACAUCUUGUAUUCUGAUCUGGAUGAAGAGAUUGCGGGACAUCAUGUGAAUGAUGUUUUCGAGGGUUCUGUCAGUGAGAGACUCAGGAAGUCGCCAUAUGCAGCGCAGGAAUUCGCACUGUAUGAGCGAAUUCGUACUCAAGGGAGACAGGACAUCGCCAAUGAGUCUUUGGGCGACCAUCGCGGUAGUGGGCCUCUUGGCGCGCAAGAUAAUCCGGCAUGGAAAUUGGAUCGAUUCAAGUUUCUGCCCAUGGUGGAUAAGGCGCUGAAGCAUCGACCGAGUGCGAAAUGGUUCGCCUUUGUAGAGGCAGAUACGUACCCGGUAUGGAAUAGUUGGGUGUCGUAUCUUACUCUCUUCAACGCCACUCUUCCACUCUACAUUGGCAGGCAAAUGUCCAUUGGCGACGUGAUCUUUGCACACGGUGGCUCCGGCUUUGUGCUUUCCAACCCAGCCAUGCGCCGCGUCGUCCAGCAGCGCGAGACGCACCCCACCUAUUACGACGACUACACAGCCGCAAACUGGGCGGGCGAUAUGGUGCUAGGCAAGAUACUCGCAGACGCCGAUGUGCCGCUAUUCUGGGCGUUUCCGCAGUUCCAGGGCGACCCCGUCAAUGCGCUCGAUGUCAAUGCGGUAGAGAUUGGGCGCCCACUGUGGUGUUAUGCCUCCAUGACUUAUCAUCACAUGCACGAGAGCAAAAUUCGUAGGCUGAGUACGUGGGAGAUGAGUCGCGCUGCUCAUCCACAAGGUGGAAACACAACACUCACCCAUGGAGAGGUGUUCAAACAGUUUAUCCUCCCACGCUUAAAACUAAAGAUGGAAGGCUGGGAUAGUUUCUCCAUGGAUUUCGAAACAGACCCUACAUCGUCAUUAUCCUUUGAGUCUUGCAAAGCUGCUUGCGAGGCUAGGUCCACUUGUCUCCAGUUCUCUUAUGCCAUUACUGCUUCUGGAGCUACGUGCUCUACUUCGACGCAUGUGGUACUGGGUGAAGCUGCGACUAGGCCUUGUAUAGAGUAUUCGAGCUCAGCAAACAAGUGCAUUCGCUGGCGAGACGAUGGUGUGGAUGGGGAGAGUGCGGGGCCGAUGCAGUCCGGGUGGAUGCUGCAUCGGAUAAAUUCGUAUGUGGAGGUCAUGGAUAAGAUGUGUAAUGGAACAGAGAUGGGCAAGUGGAUAGUGUGA